AUGAAGCAAGUUAUCAUCUUUCUUCAACUUUUUAUUUGUCUCUUUAUUCAUUCAGUGGAAAAUUAUCGAACGCAGAAAGCAUCACGACGUACGUUAGAUCAUAUCAAACAACUUAUCACCCUGAAAGCACAAAGACAGAUUGGAAAUAUAGAUGGUAAAAUAUUAGCUGAUCAAAUCGUAUUACAACGAAAGAAUCCUGAAGCAAAACAGCAUCAUGAUGAAUUAUCAAUUAAUGAUCCAGAUUUAUACUAUCAAGGUGAUGUUGAUUUAUCGGAAAAACAAGCCCAAUUGUUAAGUGAACGUUUUAAAAAUGAAAUUGUUUUGAAGGAAAAAGACGAUGAAAUUAUACGCCAAAAAAGAAGUGUUGGCCUUGAACCGUUUUAUGUGCGUUGGGCUCAUAACCGUUCAAUUAGUUAUGAUUUUGCGGAAACGAUUCCAUUAGAAACGCGUGCGAAAAUUCGUGCAGCAAUGGCGAUGUGGGAAGAACGAACAUGCAUACGAUUCCAAGAAAAUGGUCCAAAUGUGGAUCGAAUUGAAUUUUUCGACGGUGGCGGAUGUUCAAGUUUUGUCGGCCGAACAGGAGGCACGCAAGGAAUUUCAAUUUCAACACCAGGAUGUGAUAUUAUUGGUAUUAUAUCGCAUGAAAUUGGUCAUACUUUGGGAAUAUUUCAUGAGCAAGCACGUCUUGAUCAGAAAAAUCAUAUUUUUAUAAAUUACAACAAUAUUCCAUUAAGUCGUUGGAAUAAUUUUUUCCCAUUAUCGCAAUAUGAAGCCGAUAUGCUUAAUUUACCGUAUGAUACUGGAUCAGUAAUGCAUUAUGGACCAUAUGGAUUUGCAACAGAUUCGUAUGUACCGACUAUUACAACACGUGAUAAAUUUCAGCAGUAUACAAUUGGACAACGUGAAGGACCAUCGUUUCUGGAUUAUGCAGCUAUAAACAUCGCUUAUCGCUGCACGGAAAAAUGUAAUGAUAUCCGUUGUGAUCAUAAUGGUUAUCCGAAUCCUAAUAAUUGUGAGAAAUGCUUAUGUCCAGAUGGUUUCGCAGGUCGUACUUGUCAAUUUGUUCAAUAUACAUCUUGUGGAGCUCUCAUUAAAGCUGUUCGAUUAUUUCAACAAUGUUCUUGA